AUGCGUUCAGCGUUGCUGUCGAUAACCUCAUUCAAGAAUAGAAAAUAGAUAGGACAGAAUUAUUCACAAAGUUGUCAGGUUGUCACACGAGUGACUCGGCGAUUGAUUCCAAUGUACUUGAGCAUUUGUAUCUUCGAUAAGAAAACAGACCGACACGAUUAUUUGUCGAGUAUCUGAUCGCGCCCUAUACCGGGAAGAUAAAUGCGCCCGAUAGAAGCAGACAGUGUCUGGACCGUAAAGAGGCUUGGAAGAGAUCUUGUAGGAGAGUUUAGCGUUUGUUAGCGCCGGCUGACACAAAAUAUAAGUAAAGGAAGAAAAGAGGAAGGGAAAUCGCGACUCUUCGUCGCGGCCAUUCGAAAAGAAAAUGACCGUCAUGGAUUUCUUUGGUUGUGCCUGUCUGGCUUUCGGCCCGCCACUAGCCAUGUUUAUGUUCACCAUCGCCGCCGAGCCCAUCAGAAUAAUCAUAUUGAUUGUCAGCGCUUUUUUCUGGCUGAUAUCCCUGCUGUUAUCAUCGGUGCUUUGGUACGCUGUCGUUCCACUACAAGAACAUCUCGCGUUUGGCCUGGUCUUUUCUGUACUGUUCCAGGAAGGUUUCAGGUAUCUCUUGUAUUGGGUACUACGUAAAGCCGAAAGAGGCUUGGAAAAAGUCACGACGACACACGUGGCUGACAGCAGACACGUAUUUGCUUACGUUUGUGGCUUGGGUUUUGGCUUCAUGAGUGGUGCCUUUGCUUUAGUCAAUGUCCUGGCUGACGCAGUGGGACCUGGUACCAUGGGACUCCGUCAGGGUUCUGAAUACUUUUUUAUAAUAUCAGCUGCUACCACUCUGUGUUUUAUUCUCCUGCACACCUUCUGGGGUGUCAUCUUCUUCUUUGCCUUGGACAAGAAGAAUUGGGGACAGAUUAUCUGGGUAGUUGGAUCGCAUCUAGUUGUCUCAUGUAUGACAUUGCUCAAUCGUUAUCAGGUGUAUGCAGCCAGUUUAUUAUCUGCUUAUAUAGUACUGGUAAUAACAACUACACUUGCGUUCAGGAUCGUUGGUGGACGGACGCAGUCUUUAAUUCUCUGUUUCCAAAGAAACUGAGAGCGCUUACAAAGGUUACUUAAUAAGACGUUCAUAGUUGGCAAGUUCAUCUCUGAUGUGAAUUUAAUGUCGUAACGACAAACAUCUUUUCCCUUUAGGAGUCAAUCUCUAACGCACAUUCUGCAAUAAGUUAUUACUUAAGCUUAAAGUUUUGAACGUAAGAAAUUGACCUGUUGCAGUCAAAUGUCAAAAGAAUAAUCGACUAUAAGUGAUCAGUUUCUGAUGACUUGAGAUUUAAAGCUUAUGUAAUAGCUUCAUGUUAAAAGCCGAUAAGAAAAUUGUAUUCGUUGCUCAUAUUAUAUUAUAUUAUAUGUAGAGAAAGGUUUAAUGUGCAGGAUACUUUUUUCCCCAUUCAGAUUAUUAAACAGGGUACCGAGUAUGCAACAUCAUUAAUUUUGUAUGGCGAUAUGUACUCGAACUCUACAAUGUACGAUAUAUCUAUAUGUUGGCCAAACCGAUCGAGAGACAAAUCGUAUACGAUGGCAUGUUUUGCAAUUGAUAUUUUUCAAAGCAUCUCUGGAUGCGAAAGUUACAAUUAUUUUCCUUGUAAAAGGUUCUAGCACUAGACAUUUUAAUCGAGCUGCUAGUCCGUCCCUUAAUCCAUCGAAAUAAUUAUAUGAUACAGAAACAAAAUAAUCUCUCAAUAAUCCAAUUUUGAUUCAGAUGACGUCCAAGUGUGUAUUAUUCCUUUAUAUCUUAAAGCUUAUAUCCUAAAGCUCUUGAUUUUUCAUUGCAGCUAUGUUGAAUUGUUACGUCAGAAA